ACAUCGCCCACUCGUUACGGAGCACUAUUCAGCCCAGUCGAAGCUACUGAAAGAAAACGUAAGAAGCUAAAUAAUUCAGUGAAAUAUCGUGACUAUUAUUUGAUAGAAUGUCAGCGAUUAGCUUGUUAAAUCCAAAAGCUGAGUUUGCCAGAGCUGCUCAAGCACUGGCCGUUAAUAUAUCAGCCGCAAAAGGAAUUCAAGAUGUAAUGAAGACGAAUCUUGGGCCGAAAGGCACCAUGAAAAUGCUGGUCUCAGGAGCAGGAGAUAUUAAAAUUACAAAAGAUGGAAAUGUAUUGCUUCAUGAAAUGCAAAUACAACAUCCAACAGCAUCAUUGAUUGCUAGAGCAUCCACUGCUCAAGAUGAUAUGACUGGGGAUGGUACAACCAGUACUGUAUUAAUUAUUGGAGAACUUUUGAAACAAGCAGAUAUCUAUAUAUCAGAAGGUCUUCAUCCUCGAAUGGUUACAGAAGGUUUUGAUUUAGCCAGAGCUAAAACUUUGGAAAUACUGGAUUCUUUAAAAAUUUCACUUGAACCAGAGAAAGGAUUGUUGGAUGUUGCCAGAACAUCACUGAAAACUAAAAUACAUCCUAAGAUAGCUGAGAAACUAGCUGAAAUUUGUGUAGAAGCAGUUUUAGCUAUAAGACAGGAUAACAAAGAAAUUGAUUUGCAUAUGGUUGAAUUAAUGGAAAUGCAACAUAGAACUGAAGCAGAUACUGCUUUGGUUCGUGGUAUUGUAACUGAUCAUGGAUCCAGACAUCCAGACAUGCCUAAGAGAGUAGAGAAUGCUUACAUAUUAACUUGUAACGUUAGCUUGGAAUAUGAAAAGAGUGAGGUAAAUAGCGGUUUCUUCUACAAAACUGCCGAAGAACGCGAAAAACUUGUAGCGGCAGAACGCGAAUUUAUUGAUAAUAGAGUAAUGAAGAUAAUUGAAUUGAAGAAAAAAUUGUGCGAUGGAACGAAUAAAUCAUUGGUUGUUAUAAAUCAGAAAGGUAUUGAUCCACAAUCUUUGGACAUGCUUGCUAAAGAGAAUAUUUUAGCUUUACGUAGAGCAAAGCGGCGAAAUAUGGAACGUUUAGUGUUAGCCUGUGGUGGAAUGGCUAUGAAUUCAUUUGAUGAUUUGAAGGAAGAACACUUAGGAUGGGCUGGACUUGUAUAUGAACAUGUAUUGGGAGAAACAAAAUAUACUUUCAUUGAAGAAUGCAAGAAACCAAAUUCAGUAACGAUUCUAUUAAAGGGACCAAACAAAUAUACCUUGGAGCAAUUAAAAGAUGCCGUGCGAGAUGGUUUAAGAGCUAUUAAGAAUGCGAUUGAUGAUCAUGCCUUAAUUCCUGGCGCUGGAGCUUUUGAAGUAGCUGCCAGUCAAGCACUUCAUCAGUAUAAAGAAAAGGUAAAAGGAAAACAACGGUUGGGUGUACAGGCUUACGCGGAAGCUUUACUUAUCAUUCCGAAAACUCUCGCUGUUAACAGUGGAUUUGAUGCGCAAGAUACGAUUGUAAAAUUAUUUGAAGAGGGAAAUACCUUGGGUGAACCAGUUGGAUUGGAUAUUUCAACAGGUGAAGCGUUAAAACCCGUUGAUGCUGGCAUCUAUGAUAAUUAUAACGUAAAGAAACAAAUUAUCAAUUCUUGCACAAUCAUCGCAAGUAACCUGCUUCUGGUUGACGAAAUAAUGAGAGCAGGAAUGUCGUCUUUGAAGGGUUAAAUUAUGAAUGAAUAUUUAUUUCCUAAAAAAGAUAUUCUAAAGAAAAAAUGUUCUUUCGUUUAACUUAAAUAUUACAUUUGUACGAUCUCUUGAAUUUUCCGCAUAAUUUCCACAUUUUUAUAAAGCUUUCACGUAAAAUAAAAUAACUGCACAUAAUAACAAUUAAAAGGCUGCUUUUAAAUUAAAGGAAACAAAAACAAUAAUUAUUUAUUGUUUACUAAUUUCCCAUUAAUGAUUGGAAGAUAAUACAUAAUUCAUGAUUGUCAAAAACAUGCUUUGUAUAAUUAAUCAUUUAAAUAAAAAAUAAUCGUUUCUA